AUGGCAAGCACCACCAACACGACGACAGCGUCUGUCCAACCCGUGGAUAGCAAGACACAACGAAAAAAGAGCUUGCUCGCAGAUCUGGACACACUGAACGUAGCCCCUCUCUGGGCACAAAUGAAGCGAGUGAACCCGCCACUGCCCAAACCAAACGCCAUCCCGUUCGUAUGGAGAUACGACCAACUGCGCCCAAAGCUGAUGCAAGCCGGCGAGCUCAUCAGCGAGCAGGAGGCCGAAAGGCGAGUGUUGAUGCUCAUAAACCCCAAGACAGACAUCCCCUGCACAACCGACACCAUCUUCGGCGGCCUCCAACUCGUCAUACCCAACGAAACCGCGCCGGCACAUCGCCACACCGCAUUUGCGAUGCGGUUCAUCAUCGAAGGCACCGGGGGCUUUACAGCUGUUGACGGCCAGCGGAUCAACAUGGACCGUGGCGAUGUAAUCCUAACGCCGAGCUGGACGUGGCAUGACCACGGGAAAGACGGCUCUGGACCGAUGAUCUGGCUCGAUGGAUUAGAUGUGCCUAGUUUUAAGCACUUCCCCGUGCAUUUUGUGGAGCAUUUUGAGAAGGCGAGGUAUCCGGCGACAACGGUGGAGAAGGCGGAGUGUCCGAUUGUGUUUCCUUGGGCGGGGAUGAAGGGGCAGUUGGAUGGGGUUGUUGGGACUUGGGCGACGAGCCGAUAUCUUGACUCGAAAGGGGGUGAAGUAAGCAAAACCCUCGGCAGCGCCGCGGAGAGACUAGACGGCGGAGCAACGUCGCCAGCGAGACAGGAGACCGCUUCGAUCGUGUACCAUGUCACAGAGGGUAGUGGACAGUCCGAAGUCGGGGAGCAGGUCAUCACAUGGAAGCGUGGUGAUACGUUUUGUGUGCCGUGCUGGUACAAGUAUACGCACCACGCGAGUCCUGGUGAACGGGUGUAUUUGUAUCGGUUUGACGAUCGGCCAAUGAUCAAGGCGCUGGGGUUCUACAGAGCGGAUAGUGUUGAGGAGAUAGAGAAUGUUUGA